AUGUCGUACCAGCCAUAUAACCAACCACCACCAUAUACUCAACAACCAGGAUAUCCACCACCAGGAUCUGCUGGAUACAUGCCACAACAGGGAGGAUAUUAUCCACAAGGACAACCAGGCGCCUAUUAUCCACAACAACCACAAGUUGUUGUCGUGGAAGAGCGUCGACAUGGAGGAGGAAGAAGUGGAGGAAGUGACAACUGCUGUCUCGUGGCUCUCCUAGCUUGUUGCGCCGGAUGCUGUAUCGCCGACUGCUGUGACUGUUGUUAG